AUGAAGACCCACUAUAUCUCCCUCCUCCUCGUCGCCAUUGCGGCCCUCGUAAACAGCGCCCCAAAUGCCAACGGAUCCCAGGGACGCACACUCAUUGGAGACGAGUUCACAUACCGGACUCAAGGCGAUAGUUCUCAUAGCAACACCCAUACCACCUCUACCACGACCAUAACCAGGAUCCACAAAGAACCGUCACCAGAAGCCGAGCAGUGGAUCAGGGAACCUGGACUCUUUGAUCGUCACGUUACUAGUUCCCCCACCACCAUCGUCGUCUCGGACAUCAAGGAUACACCUGAGCCGAGGCAGCCAUUGGAUCGGCGUGGGUUGCUAUGGGGCGGUAGAUUGACAAGUAUUAACAAUGUAAACGACAACUCUCAGAACUCAAGGACGUAUAACUCUCACGGUAACCAAUCCAAGACGAUUACCAAAGUCGUCUCCACUACCGAGAACAGCAUCGGCUCGCGUGGACGACUUGGUGGGGAAGACAGUUGGUUCGACAUGGGCGCUGAGGAGGAUAAGAACGAAAGGGUGUUGGACCACAGCCAGAGUCAGAGUCGACGAUUCCUGUACGAUUUUCACCCCAACCACAAGUCGCAACUUCAGCCUCGUCAUCAAGGAGAUGAUAUCGGUGUCAGCUCGAUCGAGAAACGGGGGACGACAACAUUGACGACCACUACGACGGCGAUUGUUGAUUUUGAUGACAACGAGUCAAAGAAGACGGUAGAUGACAUUGCGCGUCGAAAUCUUGUCACGAUCCAGAUCAUCACCCAGAACACGAACACGAAUAACAAUGGACACAGCGUUGACACCAGCAGCCACAGCAACCACGUCUUUCCUGUCAAAGUGAUCCAUCGCAACAACAAGAGCAAUAACAAGAGCAACAACAAGAGCAACAACAACAGCAACAACAAGAGCCACAACGACAAGGAGAAGAAAAAGAGCGGUUCUUCUCCUCCUAAUCCUCGCCCUGCUCCCAAAGGGAACACGAAGCCUAUCGUCAAGUCUAACCAAUACAAGAACCACAACAAGACGGCUGAUCAGUCCAAGAAGUCGGCGCACGCCACCAAUAGCAUGAAGACUAGCAACAAACCCCGGCCCAAGCACGCCCAUUGA